GCCAAUAGAAAUAUCUUGCUUUUAUUUUGAUAAUACAACCUAACACAAUAAGUCGCGUCAUCACCAAUAUAUUCUAAGUCCAAGCAUUUGGAAACUUUCGACAGAUUUUGAUAUCAUUUUGAGUUCUAUACUGCACAACAAAGUCAAAAUUUGUGAAGAGAACAUACAAUAACGAUAGUUAAAGCGAACGACGUCAAGAAAUACCUGGAUAUCCUUAGGUGUAUUUGAAUAACGUCUCUGGAUUCAAGCGAAGCUGGUUGGAAUAUAAAAUAUACAUCAAUACGCUCCCAACUGGAAAACGUCAUAUACUCCACAACUCAUCUAUAGGUAUUUUCUCACGCAGUCGGACAGAAACUACCCGAAAUAAUGGCGUUCGACGACAUAAUCAACGAGCCCUGGUUCAUCGGUACGGUUGCUGGGGUUGGUGCUUUAAUCUUAAUUCUUAUCGUGGUCAUCAUAAUCCUCUGCUGUUUAUGGUUCAGAAAAAAAAAGCAAUUAGAUGAAAAGCGGCCGGAUGGCGAACACCACGACCGAGAAAGGGAUUCCGGUACCACUACGCCAUCUUCAUACCAGGAAAUGACAGAAGCACAGAAUUGGACUAUGGUGCAGCAGAAUGGAGUUGCCUCAGUCCCGGGCCAGGGCUUCAACCAAUACAAUGCGGGCUCAUCUUUGGUCGGAAUGAACGAAGAAAUGAGACCAAAUGGCGGUCCUUCAUCGCGCACUUCAUCGCACAAACAGACAUACUACAAAACGGGGAUUGGAAAAACUUUAGAACAAAAUCAAAAUAUUGACGCUUUUGAACGAAAAAUCAGCAACGCUAGCGAGUCCAGCCGAGUGGCGUAUCGUGGAGGAGUCUACUCUUCUGGACACUUUGAAAGAGACAGUGACGUCAGGGAAUCCGCGCGUUCAAAUCAAUCGUUCCAAAAACCAAGACUCGCAAAUAUCCAGGUCUCUCAGUCCAAGCAGUCUGAGUCCAGUGUCAAUACUUCGUAUCCCGCAAAUAAUCGUGUUUAUUUGCCCGAAAGAAGUGAUUCUACGCGAUCAACACGAACAAGUUUUUACAAAAAGACCAAUUACAACCAGCCUUACAGGAUUCCGGAAGAAGAUUACUCCGGCAUUCAAAUGUCUAGCGAAGAAGAGAGGUAUUCAUGGAGAGCGCCCGCGCAGACUCAAACAAGCGCAAGACAAGCCCAUGAGAGUCUACAUCGCUUGAGUGACGGAAAAGUGAAAAAUCUCACCGAGAGAUUCCAAACUACCGAAGUGAGCACGGCUGGUGAAACGGCAGUGACGUCAAGAAGUGCCAUGGAAAACGAGUUGAGGGAACAAAUUGCAGGACGACGCAAUUAUCAAAAAUCAGAGGGUGUUCCAAUUUCCCCUCAUCGCGGCUCACGUGGAUAUCAGUACCCUCAAACUGAUCUUGGGGACGCGUCAGCUAACUGGCAAGGAAAAAGUGGCAAGGGUACAAUAGAAACUCGAGUGAAACGGAUUAAAAAGGUCGGUGCUAUCUCGGUAUUUCCCGAUUAACUAUAAAUACAACAAUUACUUAUUGCGUGGGCUUUUUGUGGCUUGCCCAGUUUUUGCGCAUGCUCGAAUGCGUACUCAAGAUGACUAGAAAUUAAAAAAAACACUAUAUAAGCCUUUCCGAGGUUGAGGAAAAAUCUAGGUCGAGUUGCCGUUGCAGUGCAUUGUGGGGCUGUUUUAGUUGACAUGUUUCCAGAUGGCGUCUAUUUCAUCCUUUAAAGACAGCACCACAAAGCACUGCAAUGAAAACUUGACUCACCUUGUUUCUUAACCUCAGAACGGCCAAUAUGAACUCCUUGCACUAAAUCCCGAAGGUCAAAACGAUGACAAAUAUUAAAAUCAAAAAAGAGUCCAACCCUCAAGAGAAAGGAAAUUCUUUUGCUUUGACUUCCAGAUGGUAGCCAUGACAGUAGGGCACAAAAAUAGAGUCAUUUUUCCUUGGGAAACUAAAUCGGAUUACACCAGAUUUCAGUUGUUUGAUUCGGUUGUUUCUUGGACGAUACAGCGGCCCUCUUGCAAGGAGGCAAGACAAAACAAAGAUGACGGAAAAUAUAUAAAGUUCCGUGUGUUUGUUUUCGUAAAAGUAAUCGAUGUGCAGUCUUAAUUCGUCUUUUAUUGUAUUCCCUUGUGGUGAGCUGUUAAUAUCAAUCGACGUCAUCACUGUAACAAACAAGCUUUAUUUGCCCCCUGGAGGCCCCAUAAUGCCUUGCGAUCAAGAUAGGCGCCGUAUUGUCGAAGUAGUCCAUUUCACGGCAGCCAUGUUGUGGAGCAUAAAAAUAGAAAUUUUCUCCUAGGAAAUGAAAUCUUGCAUUAUUUCUGCCUUUCAUCAUUGCUGACGCGAAACCCAUCUAUCCAUCUAUAUGCCUUAGCAACCAAUAAAUUAUUCAAAAUUGAUUAAAAUCCAGCAAAAAAUCGAAGAAUAUUAUCCAUUAGGCUGUAAAUAGAACACAUCAUUCUCUUGAAGCUGGAUGAUUUUUUAGUUGUAUCCAUCUGUCUUCUCGUGCACAACCGUUAAACAAAGUGAUGGUACUCUAGGGAAUGACACGUGGUUUGAAAUGGGAAAAUUACACCAUAGCUUAAGAGGUCUAUCAAACAAAAUAAUACCGGAAUAUACUCGAAACAUGUUUAGAAGUAAUGUUUUCCCAUUUUAAACCUUGUGAAUAAGAUUCCUAGUUUAAGUCGUUUCCAGCUUGAUAUAUCUUUGGGAGAUACACUUAGAGAAAGAAAAGAAAGUAUACUCAAGGGAAUGACACGUGGUUGGACUAAAACAGGAAAACUUUGCCCGGGUUAAAAUAAGAAAUAUAUAUAGAUCGAUAAUAAAGUAAAAGGUUUACAUUAUAAAUAAUUUGUUUAAUAAACUUAUCGUAACCCAUAAUCUCA